AUGGAUAAAUACCUUUCAAACGAGGUGCCACCCAUCCCAAUGAUACCAGACAAAAAGUACCGCCGGGAGAGUGCCUCAGUGGUGGACGAGUUCUUUUCCACAGAGAAGCCCACUUCUACACCCUACAGCGUGAACAUCAAUGUGAUUCUACCAGACACGACGCAUCUGCGCACCGGACUUUACCGGCCACCCAAACCCAUGACGCCAUUCCCACAGAUCAAAACAGAGCCUGGCACCAGCUUUGCCCAGCCCUGCUCUUCUGCCUCCGGCUCCACACAGACCCUACCCGACUUCACCAGUGUCUUCAGCAUGCCCCAGUCAGUGGCGGUGAGCAACAUCUUCAUCAAGCAGGAGAUGCCCUCUGAAAUCCCCUUAUCCACCAAUCCACAGCCAUCCCAGCUUUACCAGAUGCCUCUCGGCAAUGGAAGUGCUGACAUUACCACUCUGACAUCCUCCUCCAACAGCACCACAGCCAUCAACAGUCUCAGCGGGGUCACCAUGUCCACAGGUAACGCCAUGUCCAGUGUGGGACAGGGAAACUUCAACAUCUCAGGGCAAUUCUACGCUGUUCCAGGGGUGAACCUGCCCCCUUCACCCCCCAACUCACAGCCUGGCAGCCCAGAAAACCAACCUGAGCUCAUCAACACCAUCUCUCCCCCACCAUCCUAUGAAGCCACUUUUGGACUGAAGCUGGUCCAGUCAUCCCAGGUCCCCCCAGUCCCCAAUGGCCUUGGGACCGUCUCCCAAGGGCACAUUGUCAUGCAACCCCCCAAAUACAACAGACGCAACAACCCUGAGCUGGAGAAGAGGAGAAUCCAUCACUGUGAUUACCCAGGUUGCUCAAAAGUUUAUACCAAGAGCUCCCACCUGAAGGCACAUCAGAGGACUCACACAGGUGAGAAGCCCUAUAAAUGCACCUGGGAAGGCUGCGACUGGCGCUUUGCCCGCUCCGACGAGCUGACCCGGCACUAUCGGAAGCACACGGGUGCCAAGCCCUUCAAGUGCCUAGCCUGCGGCCGGUGCUUCUCCCGCUCUGACCAUCUGGCUCUCCACAUGAAGCGGCACCAGAACUAG